GUGACUGUGGUGGCAGUAGGGAAGUUGGGAGCAGCUCGGCUCGGGUGUGGCGGUUUGAUAGAAGGCUUUGAAACAAAUCAGAGCGGCGCGCGACGGCUAACUGACCAACGUAAAUAACGGCUUUUUCUGUUUUAACGGUUUUCUUUUCCACCUGAAACCGAGCGAGAGGAAGAAAACACCGAGCGGCGCUCACACGGGGCUUCUGCUUGUUUUUAUAAUAUUUCAGCUUCUCGCUGGAGAAAGUUGCGUGAAAAAAUCCGUCCGAACUUUUUUCCUCUCUCUCUCUCUCUCUCUCUCUCUCUCUCUCUCUUUGUAAUGCUGGAGUGUUUCCCACCCGCGUCAUGUCCGACCUCUCAGCUCGGGUCUUGUGUUUAGUUUGGGAUCCUUAAACAAACAAACAAACAAACAAAACAAACACAAAAGAAACCUGCUGUUUUGUUUUGAUUUGACGUCGCGCGAGCUCAGGUCUCGUCAGUGAAGAGCUAGAGCUAGCUAACUGUUUUUCUCGGAAGAGGGAAGUGCGGUAGAGUCUGGGAGCAGGAGCAGGAGCAGCAGUGAGUGGAAGGUGGUGGUGAAGGUGGUGUUGGUGGUGUUGUGUGUUAAAGCUGUGGAAAGAGUCGCUGAGCCUCUCCGAUGGGCUGCACGGUGAGUCAGGAGGAUAAGGCGGCGAGGGAGCACUCCCGGGACAUAGACCGGACCCUGCGCGAGGACGGAGAGAAAGCAGCCAAGGAGGUCAAACUGCUUCUGCUCGGUGCGGGAGAGUCGGGGAAGAGCACCAUAGUGAAGCAGAUGAAGAUUAUCCAUGAGGAUGGAUAUUCGGAAGAUGAGUGUAAGCAGUACAGAGCCGUGGUCUACAGCAACACCAUCCAGUCCAUCAUGGCCAUCAUUAAAGCUAUGAGCAACCUCAAGAUAGACUACGAGGAACCAGCCAGAGCUGACGAUGCGAGGCAGCUGUUUGCCCUGGCCGCAGGAGCGGAGGAGCAGGGCCUGUUCCCUGAAGAUCUCUCUGGCAUCGUCUCUCGCCUGUGGGCCGAUGGAGGAGUGCAGAACUGCUUCGCCCGCUCCAGAGAAUACCAACUCAACGACUCAGCUGCUUACUACCUGAAUGACCUGGAGAGAAUAGCCAAAGCGGACUACAUCCCGACCCAGUCUGACGUGUUGAGGACUCGAGUGAAGACCACGGGCAUCGUAGAGACACACUUCACCUUCAAAGAUCUCCACUUCAAGAUGUUCGACGUUGGAGGUCAGCGUUCCGAGAGGAAGAAAUGGAUCCACUGCUUCGAGGGCGUCACUGCCAUCAUCUUCUGCGUGGCCAUGAGCGCUUACGACCUGGUGCUGGCCGAGGACGAGGAGAUGAACCGCAUGCACGAGAGCAUGAAGCUGUUCGACAGCAUCUGCAACAACAAGUGGUUCACGGAGACGUCCAUCAUCCUCUUCCUCAACAAGAAGGACCUGUUUGAGAAGAAGAUCGCACACAGCCCUCUGACCAUCUGCUUCCCCGAGUACACAGGGUCCAGCACGUACGCCGAGGCGUCCGAGUUCAUCCGCACCAAGUUUGAGGAUCUGAACAAGAAGAAGGACACCAAGGAGAUCUACUCGCACUUCACCUGCGCCACCGACACCGAGAACAUCCAGUUCGUCUUCGACGCCGUCACCGACGUCAUCAUCAAGAACAACCUGCGCGACUGCGGACUGUUUUAGAGGAAAGGCCCACUGACUACGGGCUCAGACUUGAACUGGAGUGAUGAGCAGGUGAAGGUGUUCUGACUGACUGCACUGUAACUGUUUCCUGCUUCAGCCUGCUUUUGGAACGGCCGAGUCCCCGAGUGCUCAGAGCAUUCGCCAUUUCACCGACCGUCACCUUCCCCGACCCAUCAGUGUUCCCCUCCAUCCAUCCCUCCAUCCGUCUCUCUCUCUCUCUCUCUCUCUCUCUCUCUCUCUCUCCUCCUCACUCAUUACAUCAUGUCUCUUUUUCCUGUCUGAUUUUAGACUGCAGCUUCAUCGUCUGAUCGUUAUUAACCUCCUUCGGGCUUCAACCGCAAAUCACGAUUUAUUGUAUUUUUUUAUUUUAAUCAAUGUUUUUUUUUUUUUUUUUUUCUUUGUUUAUUUUUGAGUAAUAGCAGAGCUAAAAAAAAAAAAAAAGAAAAAGAGCAAAAAAACUUUUUAUAUGAAUACUUUUGUUUUAGUCUAGAGAAUCUGAUGUGCAGAUUUUAUUAAACAUUUAAUUGCAUAAAGUGUUUUUAUAGAAGCAGCAGAUUCACAGAGAGAAAGUAGAUUGAAAAAAAAGGAAAGAUUUUGUAAAAAAUAAUGUUUACACGUCGUCAUUUAUAUCCAAACAAAACAUCAUCGUGCACCGCAGAGUCUCUACAGACAUUCCUUUCUAAAAUUAUGUUAAAAAAUUAUUUAAAACAUUAAAUACACAGUCUGCAGAAAUGUAAAUGCGGAUUAGUGAGAGUUCAGGACUCGGAGCUGUCAAGUGUGUAUGAGGAUAGAUCUCUCUCAUCCAUUCCAUCCUGUGCCUUUAUUAUUAUUAUUAUUAUUAUUAUUAUUAUGUAUUAUUAUCCUCCUCACAUCCAUCUCUCUCUCUGUACACUAUGACGCCAUGUAAGGAGAAAAAGAUCUUAUAAGUAAUUAGUCAAAAAAAUCUAAUCGAUAAAAAAAGGGUAGUGUUUUUGCUAAACGUUAAAAUGAUAAGUCCUGUAUAAUGAUUUAAUUUAAAUAAAAGUUAAGUCACUAGA